AUGGCAGACUCAACACCCUACCCCCUNCACAAACCCCCCACCGACCUCUCGGCAAUCUCCCAAAUCGACUCUUCGAUCCUCUUUUCCACCUUCACAGCCGCCGACGCCUGGACCCUGGGCUGCCUGCUGCGUUCCCGCCUCUCUACUUUUGCAUCUCCAACCGUCAUCUCAAUCGCCCUCGCAAACAACACUCCCCUCUUCUAUACCGCCGUGAAGAGUGGCGUCACGCCUGACAACAGUGCUUGGGUGGCUAGNAAGAGUGCCACCGUGCUAAGAUUUGGGUCUAGCACUUGGUACAUGCAUAAUAAAUUUGCCGGUGACGAAAAGGCUUUUGCCGAAAAGUACUGUUUGUUGGACAAGGCAAAGGAGUUUGCUAUCCAUGGUGGUGGCUUCCCCGUCAGGGUCAAGGGCGUCGAGGGUGUGGUGGCUGUUAUUGUCGUCAGUGGGUUGAAGCAGCAGCAAGAUCACCAGAUCAUCGUCCAGACGUGCAGGGACUUUUUGGAUGGUGUGGGUGAGGGUGACGAGAAGAGAAAGGAGGAUUAG